UUUGUGCGGGAUUUGGUGCACAGAUUUUAAAACCCCAAACAGCGUGUGUCCUUCAUCACCUACUCCACACACGGCCGCAUCCACAUGAAGCUGACCUUGGACAAGCAAAUGAGCAGAUCGAAAGAACACGUGCUGCAGGAGCGGAGGUUCCCAGCCUCAUCAUCCUGCUGACAGGUGGAGAACUGCUGCCAGAAUCCUUUGCAGAGACAAAAGUUGAAGCUGCAAAAUCUAAGCAGUUGGGGGCAAGUCUUUUUUUUGUCGGAGUGCAAAAUCACCAGAAAUACCAGCUGUUGGAAACUGCUGGCGAAGAGGGUCAUGUGUUUGGAGUGGACAGUGGAUACCCUGGACUGGAAGACAUCGUUGACCCACUCGUAGCAAGGUCUUGUGUGCAGAUUACAUCUGUGGAUUUCUCCCGUAUCUGCUCUAGAGGAAUAAAGGCUGUAUCUGUGCAAGAUACCUCCAUUACCUGCCCAGGACUGAAGAUGAAUAAUCGGGGCUGGGCCAUCUUCAUUGAUAUCAGCCUGAAUAAUGGCCUCACCUUUAUCAAGACGGAUUUAGAUGUCAGCAGGAGGAACUGUGUGACUUUCAGGAAGGGAUCCCCACCUGCCCUACUGGGUGCCAUACCACCAGCUGUCCAACAGCGUGCCCUUCCAGAUGCUGUGCCGGAAGACACACAGGAUAUUUACCCGGAUGAAGGGUCUUCCAGUCCAGUUUUCCCCAGUUUCAACACUCUCUUCUGGGCUGUGCCUCUCCUGGUGCUGCCCUUUAUCCUGUUGCUGUGCUGGUGUAUCUGGCGAUGGUACCCUAAAAGUAGUGAGGCGUCUUGGCUCGUCUUCGAGGACAAGAUAUGCUUUUGUGGGCAGAUAACUUCCAAGGACGGCACCGGUUGCUCUCAAGCGGGUGCUUUCCCAUGCUGCGUUCAGACCUGGGGGAAGGUGCUUUCCCAUUCUGCCUACAAACAUGUGAGAAGACAAAGGCCGUCCCCAACACCUCCCCCUUUUGUCUUUAAUAAAACAACUAGCCCAACUCAGACUGGGUCAAGGUAUGUGCCUGUCUUAGGUUGUAUGGUUGAAGUAAAUCCUUACCCAUCAUGGGGCUAUAAUCCUCUGUCGACCACUCCCUGUCUUAGGUUGGUAUUUACAAUUCAACCAUAUCUUACCCGUCAUUGGCUACCAUACUUGACUUUGAAUCUCACAAAUUACAGGUGGGGGUGCCGUCUGCAGUUUCAAAUGAUGCAGGUCUCUUGAGGCUUGUUGGAUGAGUUUCCACAUGCUGCGAAGGACACAAGGCCCUAGUAACAGCAAUAGAAGACAUAAAAUGCUUAGGGUUAAGAGAGGUGUGACUGUGCCAGAGACUA